UGGCGGAGGCCGCGACACGAAGAGGCAUCUCUCGUCGUCACCCACGAUGGGAUGAAGUCGCGGUCCCGCUGUUUCACUUGCCUUAUCGCGCGACGCAACAAUCGCGAUUAAGGCGCGCCGCGCGUCAUCGUCAUCGCCUCCGUCGCCUCCGUCGCCGCUGUCAUCGUCGCGGUCGCGCCGUCCGUACGCGUCUCGCGCCAGCGACGCAACGGUCCACGGGGGACAUUCGGGGUGUCGGACGCUUUCCCCGGAGGGUGGGCGGUGUCAGGUUAGGUUCCCGUCCAAGGAGUAACGAGAAAGCCGCCAACCUGGCAAGCCUAACGAGCUGCGUGUCGACGAUGAUGGACGACGAGGAGCAAGAGGAGCUCCGUUGCACCGGCAGCGACGUCGAGAUCGAGGAGUACACCGACACCGAGGAGUCGCCAUAUGCCGCUUAUCAGGCCGGCGGCGAUAAGCUGUUCGAUACCGAUCGCGAGAAUUGGCAGAAACUUGGUUUCCUGGCCACCCUCGUGUCCGUCGCGGUAUCAGUUACCGUUCUCGUUAUCAGCUAUCCGCUUUAUCUCGAGAGCGUCGCCGCCGUCUCCAGCGCUUACACAGGACUGCUCUUCACUGCCCUGUGCUCCGCCUGUAUUUUGGGAUUGGUGUACCUCGUCGUGGACAGAGUGUCGCCGCCGCCGCCGUUAAUACCGAACAGCAUGCGAAUCAAGAUACCCCGCUGUGGUCUGAUCAAAAUAAGUACUCUGUACGCCCUCUCAGGAAUCCUGAUCACCCUGUCCCUAGACCGGAAUAGGGUGCUGUGCCAUUUGCAGGACCCGAUAAAGGGUAUCACCCUCGUCUUCUCUCUCGUCUACUACUUCUUCUUUUGUCGGAAAAUGAUGAGUCUGCAGCGAAUAUUCUCGAGCACGACCAUAAUAGUGGGCCUGUUCAUAAGCGUCGAUUAUGGUCUUUGCGACGAGUUCCGUUGUCGGGGAAGGGAAGUUUCUUCCCACACGGCUGUAAGGGGAUCCUGGGGUGCCCGGGCGGUUUGGACAUUCGUUUAUGUGGGCGCUCUCGCCGCCUUCGCCAUGUUCUUCACCUUGCUCGAAUGCCAUUACACCACCGCGCAGCAGAACGUGUGCCAGAUGUUGACAACGCACCACAGCUCUUUCCUGUACACGGUGUCCCGUCUGGUGUCGUCGCGCGACAUUCGCCGCCGUGGCUCCGAGGAAGAGGGCGGCCGGCUGCUGCACGUGACCGAUCCGGAUCCCACGAUAAAGCCGAAGAGCUACCCCAAGCCGCCGGUGAUGCAAACCCUUUUUUACAUACACGUCAUUGCUUUCUUCGCCAUCCUGACGCUCUGCUGGCUCGACACUUUGCCCGGCGUCGGCAGGGGUCUGUCGCCCGUAGAGCUCUAUCGCACCGUCGAACGCGGGCUGUUAUGUCACUUUAAAAGCGACAAUCUCUGCGCGAACGUCUCCAGCCACGGAUGGACCUUCCUACUUGCGUACGUCAUCUUUGCGAUCUCGAUCCUCAACUUCCUGUCGUUGUGCGAAAGCGCGGUGUUCACCGUGGCCACCGCGACAGUCUCGCUUCCGCUGUCUGGUAUCUGGUGGAGUAUUUACAGGAUGGACAUCGGCUUACACGGGGGUUCCAUCUCCUGGUCGCCGGGAGUGACAGGCGAGCUGAUCUGCGCCUUGCUCGGCCUUCCCGUCGUGCUGCUCGGUCUGGGUCUGCUGGUCAGAUCGCACUUCAGAGAUACCCAGCCGCCGUACCAGACCAUCCAGCCGCCGGACAUCCAGCCCGAUGCCUGUCACAGAUGAAUCUCCCUGUAGCAUCCAGCCUGGCCUCGCAACGAGGCUUGCGUCAUGUGCGAUGAUCCGCGAAAAUGAAUUCUGAUCGAUUCGACGGGCGCGACUAUUUAAGCCGUCGCUCCUCGACGAUCGUCGAAUCGACCGGAACGAACGACGUAACGAGACAAAUUUUUGACGAAUAAUGUUAUUGUUGUACACUUGACAGAUAUAUUUUGUCGACUGUUCCCAGAUUGCGCCGAUGCUCUUCCUUCGAUCGCGAGGUCAUCAAGAUAAAAGCUUCAAGGAGAAUCUUUGAUUUGGCCGCAUAAGUACGCAUUUUAUUUCGAUUCACAUGUAAAUUGAAUCACGACUGAUUCAAUUGAUUCUGGCCACGACGCAAUUAACUUUUUCUUUUUAAAAACAAAAAAAAACCAAUACUAGGAAAUUAAUUUAAUUAUCUUAAGGGAAAUAAUUCAUUUCAAUAUAAUCCGAAUCCAUUUCCGAUCCUUUUUACCGCACAUCUAACUUUAUCAAAUAACUUUUAUUAUAGAAAUAAAUUUUACAUCAGUUUAAUUAAGGCCAGAAUUCCAAGAAGAAUUACGAUGAUAAUAUAAUAAAAUUAAAAGGAAAUUAAAAUAAAGGGCCAGAAUUGAUUGACGAUGUUUAAAAAAUUAACCGAAGAUUUCUGCACACAGAAAAAUAUUUAUUUUACUGCAGAGAAAAGCGAUUACUCAAUUCAUUUUUUCCGCAUAAUAAAGGUUAUCUUCAAUAAAGAAUAUUUUCUUGGUAAUACUUUUAAAAUAUACUUAUUAUAGAAAAACUUAUUAUAUACUGAAAAAAAGAAUUUUCUGGAGAAAGAAUACUUUCUCGAAAAAUAAAAUUGAAUUGAAGGAAAGUAAAAAAUAUAGUAUUAAAUUACACGAUUCAGAAUAAAUUUGUUACUUAUAACAAACUUACGAUAGAUUUGCUUAAUAAGCGUUUAAUUAGGUACUUAAUUUAAGUACACAUUUUUGUCUGCAGAAGUUUAUUUUAAGUAAAUCUUACUUGUUUCAAGUAAAUAACGAGUGUACUUUAAGAUUCAUUAAGGAGAUAUUCUUUGCAAAGAUAAGAUUAUACAUAAAGGAAGAAAACUAAAAAAAUGAGAAGCUGUUCUUCUUAGCAUGAGAAUAAAUUUUUCUGUGUGUGGGCAGUACUUAUCGUAUCAGAUGCAAUUUAUGCGCGCGCGCUCGCAGAUUCAUUUUUCCAAGCGUGCGCGCGCGCAUUAGCAAUGAGACAAAAGCGGCAAUACCGGUAACUACCCCUGCGCGAAAAAAAAAAAGAAGGAUAUGGCGCGGGGAAGGAAGGAGAAAGAAAGAGCGAUCGAUGUUUCCUCGUAUUUGCCAAACGUCCGCGCGCGCGACGCAACGUUAUAGCCGAUUUAUAUUUUAUUUUGAUAAGGAAAUGUUUUAUAUAUUUUCGACGAAGUUCAAGUUACAGGGGGGGGGGGGGAGUGAGGCGAAGGGCCCGAAAGGGUGAAAAGUAAAACCGAUGAAAGUUUCUAGCCGCGGACCUGCGCGUGCACAGGGGCUUCUCGACUAAAGAGAACGAUCUCCAAUUUUACUCGAUCUGACGAAACUUGAGUGUCGUCGUUCUCGAACUCGAGAUUAAUUUGGAAGUGAAACGACGGACAAUUUCGAGGUAACUGAUUAGCAUGCGAAUACUGAUUAGACAGGUACUGAUUACUCCCAUAGCGAAAGGUCACCGGUAUCACGGCACCUUGUGAUAAAGCGGACAUUCGCACGUCACCCUGACGUCACCAUGAUAUUCACUUGACUCCUGCUAUGGGAGUAAUCGAUAUUCAUCUGUUAAUCAGUAUCAUGUUAUCGUACGUCAUCCUUAUCAGUUCUUACCUUGCAAACUGAAUUCGAAUGGCGACACUCAAGUUCGAUUACUCAAUUGUCUUAACAACUAUCGUAAAUAUUUUUUCUUCGACGUGUAAAAUAUAUAUAAUCUAUCGGCAAGUUUAGGAUUAAGGAUCUACGUUAUUAUUUUCAAAAUGAAGUGAUACUAUCUAAAACGAUCAGGUUUUGCUUGUUAGAUUUUGAUAUCAUUAAAUAUUAUUAUUAACAAUUGACGCAAAUUCUAACGUACAAAAUCCGAUUACUUUAAGCAAUGUUAACCCUUUUUAGAAAUGAUAACACAGAUCUUUAAGUUUUCUUAGAAUACCUGUGUCUCUAGAAAUGAAGCGAUCAAUAAUAAAAUCGCUUAAAUGUUAUUGAAAAAAAUGUUAUUGAUCGCAAUUAUUUGUCGAAAUCAAAUAUUAAUUAAUAGUAAUUAGUAACUUCUCCGGUCAAACAGUCGGUCUUCGUUAAACGUCCCGUGGGAAUUUGCUGGUCGAUACGCGCCGCCAAAUAGAAAAGCGGAUACAGAUUCCCUCGACGAGUUCGAAUCUUGGGAAAUCGAGUCUUGUCUUAAGCCCCAAGUCGAGAUUUAGCCCCGAUUUUCGUAUCGAGCAGCGUAUUCGCCGGUCCUGUGCACGCGGAUGUAAACGACGAAGGCUAAACGCCAAUGGCAGAAAGACUCGCGGAGCGAACGGUCCAAUUACGGGUCGCGGUUUGCAGCUUCCACCUCGGGAAUAAAGUAAUAAGCGAGCGACUGAGAUAUCCGUGCGAGCGCGCGUAAGCGUGCACGCGCGCACACGUGUGAUUUUCCCUCCACUACGUUUCCGCUGACGUUUAAACGGUUACUCUGUCAGUAACUCGUGCGCACAAACUGUUACGAACUAGUUGGGUCCUGGCCGCGCGCGGUUAAUUCGCUAUUUUCGCCCCUUGCUAUCAGCCUGCCUGUAAAAUUCACCGCGCGUCCACGGAAGUUUCCAAAUAACGUUAGCCGCCCAUUUACGCGCCAUUAGCCCAAAAUUCCCGCUAAGGCGUGUCUUUCCCUCUUCGCCCCAAUCAGAGUGCCAAUUACGAUUCGUUUCUCCAUAUCGAUUCCCCAAGUCCACAUUAGGACACAUUUCUCCUUUAUUUAUAAUAGAGUUGGCGUUAUUACGAUCCUAGAUAUAAUAAUCGUUUGUAAUAUCUCUGUUGAAGCGCAUGAAUUGUUGAUCACUGGAAUCAUUAUCCGGGUACAGAUAAUCAUUUUGUCGAUUAAAAUAAUUAUGAAGAGCGUAUUGAAUAUAAUGAGCAGUGCUGCAAAAUGCUUUGACAAUUCAAUUUGAGCAUCUUAUGUGUAUAUGCAAUGAUUUUGAUGGUCUAACAAAAUUAGUUUUAGAUUCUUAUCCAGAUAAAUUUUUAGCAGAACUAUCUGCAAUUUCCGUGUCCUGUAUCAUUUUCGAGAAUACUAUCAUGCGAUUAUAUGUACACUUCAGUGUUUUUUUUCUUCGUCAUUUGACUUUAUAUUCGAUUAUACGGGUUUUGAGUGAUGCAAAGUUAGAUAGCACGGGAUUUUGCAAUCUCUUGAGCGUACUAUACACACAUACACAUGUGUGUGUGUGUGUGUGUGUGUGUGAAAUUGAGUAUUUAUUUUAAAGAAGAAGUUAUUGUUAAAAGUUUUCUACGCGCGUAUUUAUCACAUGAUUUUUAUGUUUAUCGUACGUUUGUAAGUUCAUUAAGUUUUUAUUUUUCUAUAGAAUUACAGUAUUGUUGGCUCUUGUUUUAA